ACCAAAACUGAGUCAUUGUCACAAAUCUGGUGUUUAUUAAUCCUGUCCAUUUUCAACAGCUUUGGAGGAGCUCUGCUGCCUGGUGAAGGUGAAGCAAUGGCACAGUAUGUGAAGGAAGGCAAGCGAAUCCCUCGCCGUGGUGAGAUUGGGCUCACAAGUGAUGAGAUUGCUACAUUUGAAUCAUCUGGUUAUGUGAUGAGUGGAAGCAGACAUCGUCGCAUGGAAGCUGUGCGUUUGAGAAAAGAAAAUCAGAUUUACAGUGCAGAUGAAAAGCGAGCACUGGCUAUGUUUAACUAUGAAGAAAGAUCCAAGAGAGAAAACAAAAUCUUGUCAGACUUCAGGGAGAUGAUUCAUCAGAAGAUCAACAACAAGAAGUAGUUACUUCAGUCAUCUUAGCUUCCUCCAGUUUCCACUGCUCUUUUCAAUAAUUGCUUGACAAGGAACAAGCAUACCAACUAUUGGACAUACAAGUAGCAGAGAAGGAUAUGAGGGAAAAUCUUACCCACAGACGGCCAAAGUGAUACUUUUGCAUCAUUCAGAAUCAAAACAUUCUUCUGUUAUGGCCCCAGUUGUUUGAAGGGUGGAAUAAAUCGCUAUCCAGUGGAUACAUGUAGCCCAGCACCUUUUCUUUAACACCUAAUGUGCAGAACUCAUUCAGGUGCAACCUGAAAGGUUGUUUUUUUUUUGGUUUCAUACUGAAUUAUAAGAUCAUUUUACAAUAGCUUCACCUGCAUACAGAGAAACAUUUUCACCAUUAAAAGUUUCAUGUUAAGUUUAAUUGGAAUCAAAUCAAGAGUAAGUCUUUCAAAGUUAAUUUUAUUGACAACAAGCCAACUAACUGGGUAUGGCUUACAUAGAAGCUUACAGUAUGGCUAUUUUCGUAGGUUAAUAAGUCUUCAUAGGUUAAUAAGUCUUGGUAAGGUGCAGAGCUAUCAUCUGACACUAUACAAAUUCUACAACUGUAUCAUAGAAUAAUUAACAAUUAUUCCAUGAGCACACGUUGGAUAUAAGAUGAUGGAUAGCCAACGAGGUGCAUAGCGC